AUGGCUAGUGCGCCGUCCAAGCCCAAGUUCGAGGUGCGAGGCUACUCCGAGCACAAGUCUCCCAAGCCGGCGUCGCCGUCAGCCAGCAUAGUGCUGGUCUCGCCCUCGAACGAAAUCCUCCUCCUGCACCGCGUCCAGACAUCCUCCGCCUUCCCCUCAGCGCACGUUUUCCCCGGGGGCAACCUGGAACCGUCGGACGGGCCGCUGCCUCUGGACCCGCAGGACGUCGACCGACACAAAGACAGCAUCGCGUACCGCACGGGCGCGAUACGGGAGCUGUUCGAGGAGACGGGCAUCCUCCUGGCGCGGUCGUCGCGCGAUGCCGGGUCGCUCCUGGCCGUGUCCAAGGAGCAGAGAAAGAGCGGGCGCGAGGCCGUCCACCGGGGCGCAGUCACGCUGGCGGAGUGGCUGAAGGGCGUGUCGCCGUCCGCGAUGCUCGACACGAACCGACUCAUCCCCUUCACGCACUGGGUGACGCCGCCGAAUGUGCCCAAGCGCUUCACGACGCAGAUGUACCUGUACUUUGUGGACCGGGCCGAGAGCGGCAAUCCCAGUGUCCACGCGACGGGCGACGAGGUCGAGACCAUGGCGCCCGAGUGGCGCCGCGCGAGUGACUGGCUGCGGCGCGCGAGGUCCGGGGAGAUCAUCCUGUUCCCGCCGCAGUUCCUGCUGUUGUAUCUGGUGUCUGGCGUUCUCGAUCGGGGUCGCGUGGGACCGCAGGAAGAUGAGACGGCAGUCGUCGCGAAACGGGACGAAUUGAGGAGAAAGAUCGAGACCGAGGGGUGGACGCACAAGUUUAUCAGUCCUAUUGGUCUCCAGUUCGGCCGGGAGGAUGGCAGGACGGUCCUGUCGCUCGACAAGCCAGGCCCGGAACUCAGAGGGAGCGGGCUGAAGGGCGACUCAGAGUAUGUUGUGCUCGUGAAGUUCAGAAAGGAAGGUCCCCGAGAAUUGGACGUUGCGUUCAGAAAGGACGUGCUCAGAGACGAGAGGGAGUUGAAGGCGCAGAAGCAGGAGAGGGGAGGCAAACUGUGA